AUGCUCCUAGUUAUUCAAAUCAUAACAUUUUCAUUUUCAGAAUCCAAUUAUGUGUCAUACAAAACCUUAUCUUUGAAAAUGGUACAAGAAUCUUAUCGUAUUUGUAAUUGGCUUAUAGAAAAGGAAUGCAGUGAAAUGGAUAAUAUUUUUGAUAUAGAUUCAUAUGUUGAUAAAAUUAUUCAAGCAUGUGCUAAUAAAAAAGAUCCUUUAACCCAUAUAAAUACUUUAUUCAAUGGUGCCUUCAAAAACAUCCAUUAUUUUAAUCUAAGUUUCUACGGGAAYAUAAAAUCAGAAGAGCCUCUUGAAGCCCAAGUAUUAACACAAUCAAAGAAAGAAUACAGAAGAUCACAAAAAAGGACUCUAGAUGAUUUAGUAAUUCCCGAUGAGGUGGGUAGUGAAACUGGUGACAACGAAUUACAAAUUACUUUAUUAAAAGUUAAAAGCUGUUUGAAAAAUGCUGUGUUAAAAAAUGAUGGGGACCCAAUAUCAUUCCAUAUGUUUGCUAUUGAUCCAUUUAGCUUAACAUAUACUAUAGAAAAUUUAUUUCAUUUGGCUUCGUUAGUAAAAGAUGGUGUUGUCAAAAUUGAAAGAGUUUCAGAUGAUAAAGAUGAAGAGUUUUCAACAAUAACAUUGGCAAAAAAAAAAAGUACUAAUGCUAAAUCUAAAGUAGAYGACAACAUAUCAUUUUUAUUCACAAUGAACCAUGAAUUAUGGCAGCAUUAUAUCAAAAAAUAUCAUAUAACUAAACGAUUGAUUCUACAAGAUGAGUAAAAUGAAAAUGACUAUGAAAAGAAUUUCGACUGUUGAAAUUGUUUAAAAUCAUUUUGAUUUAUAUAUAUAUAUAUUUUUUUUUAACUACUUAGUUUAGAAUUGAAAAUAACAUGGUAUAAAAGUUUUUUGGUGGUUCUAAAUUCAACCUUGUAAUUCUCAUAAUAGUUUCAUCUUAAUUAAGAUAUUUUUUAUGACCGAGUAUGUGUUAAUAUAUUUAAAUUAGAAAAAUAAAAUUCUUUUUAUUCAAAUAAUUACCUAAUCUAGAAAUUCUAUAGGCUAAACCUGUGUAAAAAAAAAGAGAGAGAGCCAAGAUGUUGACCAUAUCAUUUACAAAGUUCAGWAUUUUGUACUGGAAGAACGAGGGUUAAACCGGUUUAGCCUAGCAAAUUUUUAUAUAUUUUCAUUCUUAAUUAUUGAUUAAUUAAAUUAAAUUAUUUAAAUACCUUCCACUUUUCCUGUCUUAUAUGUUAAAUUCCUGAAAAGUAAU